CCUGGCUCAGAGCAGGGGUCCUUUGGUGCCGAGGGGCCCGUGGCCAUGAGUGGGGCUGGGAGCUGCUCCCAGGGGCAUCACCUGGGAGUCUGAGGACCACCAUGUGGGAGUGGGUCAGAAGAGUUGUGUUGCACUCGCUGUGCAAGGCCCUCCUGCGCCUCUGGAAGUGGGUAGGGGCUUUCUGGUACAAAAAUGGCCUCUUGACUCUCUCCAUGCUCUCAGUGGUCACUGGAUGCCUCCUGGGGUUCCUGCUGCGGACACUGGAGCUGACAGACCUGGAGAAGCAAUAUUUUUCCUUUCCUGGAGAGCUCCUCAUGAGGAUGCUGAAGAUGCUGAUCCUGCCCUUGAUCACCUCCAGCCUCAUGUCUGGGCUGGCCACCAUGGACUCCAGGGCCUGCGGGAAGAUGGGAGUGAUCACCAUCACCUACUACCUCUGGACAACCUUCAUGGCAGUGACCGUGGGCAUCAUCCUCGUGGUCAGCAUCCAUCCUGGAGCAGCUGCCCAGAAGGACAACUACUCUGUGGGCAAAGUGGUGCUCAGCUCUGCCGACGCGUUACUGGAUUUAAUCAGAAACAUGUUUCCUUCUAACCUGGUUGAAGCUUCGUUCCAGCAGUAUCGAACUGUUCUUGUCCCAGUGGUGAAGUCUCCUGGUUUUCCAAAGAUCCCAGGAAAACCUGUCAAUUUUAUUUACUUUGCACCUGAUGACAAAAACCCUGAAAUCCAUCGGCCUGUGUUCCUUGAGCUGACACCAUCACCCGAAAUGACCUACAGGACCCUGGCUGGGACCAGCAAUGAGAUGAAUGUCCUGGGCAUUGUCAUCUUCUCUGCAACCAUAGGACUUCUCCUGGGAAAAAUGGGCGAGCGAGGAGCCCCUCUGGUCAACGUGUGCCAGUGUCUGAACGAAGCUGUUAUGAAAAUUGUCUCAAUGGCCGUGUGGUACUUCCCCUUUGGCAUUGUAUUUCUCAUUGCUGGAAAGAUCUUGGAGAUGGAAGAUCCAUCAGUUACAGGACAGAAGCUGGGACUGUAUGUCAUUACAGUAGUGUCAGGGCUUGCCUUGCAUGGAAUCAUCCUUUUACCUCUGCUUUUUGUGCUCAUCACCAAGAAAAACCCCUUUGCUUUCAUUCAGGGGAUACUGCAAGCCUUGCUGAUCGCCUUAGCUACAUCCUCCAGCUCAGCCACCCUGCCCAUCACCCUCAAGUGUCUGCUGGAGAACAACGGCAUCGACAGACGCGUGGCGCGGUUCGUGCUCCCGGUCGGGGCCACCAUCAACAUGGACGGCACCGCGCUCUACGAGGCGGUCGCUGCCAUCUUCAUUGCCCAGGUCAAUGAGUAUGAACUGGAUUUGGGACAAAUUAUAACCAUAAGCAUCACGGCCUCGGCAGCCAGCAUUGGGGCCGCUGGCAUCCCGCAGUCCGGGCUGGUCACCAUGGUCAUUGUGCUCACCUCCGUGGGGCUGCCCACCGAGGACAUCACCCUCAUCAUCGCCGUCGACUGGGCUCUGGACCGACUGCGAACCAUGACCAACGUCCUCGGUGACGCCCUGGCUGCUGGCAUCAUAGCACACAUCUGUGAGAAGGACUUUGCCCCAAAGCCACCCCCACAAGAUCCAGUGAGCAACAAAGACAAGUUUCCUUCUGCUGAGACCUCACAGCUGCAUCCCAAAGUCAAUGGCAUUGAAACGACUGAAGACACCCUGUUGGACCAGACAGGAAUUCACUAUAACAUCUGCCAGGUGUAGAUAACAGCAUUCCUGC